AUGGCGUCGCGUAAGAUCUCCGUGCUCAAGCUGGUCGGCACCGUGUCUCUUGGGCUGCUGACGGGCCUCUCCUACACCCUCUCGACCCUCACCGUCCCGACCCUCCUCACCCUGCCUUCCGCCGAUACGGCAUCCCGCGCCUUCCGCAACCUCGCCGAUACCGCCAAGAGGCAUCUCCGGGCCCUGGCCUCCGUCUCGGCCGGCGCCUUCAUGCUGGCCUACAUCCGGUCGCCCCGCGCCUACCGCCACCCGUACCUCCUCUACACCUCCCUGCUCGUCAUCGGCUCCCGGCUCGUGACCAGCGACUUCGUCGCGCCCUACCUCUUCCUCGCGCCGAGAACCCCCGAGACGCACUCGUCGCCCUCGGCCGCUGCUGCUAGGAGACAACAGGCCAGGCAGGACCGGGCGGCCGCGCGCGCGGCCCGCAUGGAGGCCAGCUACGAGGUCCUCGGAGACUCGCACAGCGAGGGUGCGGGCUCCGAGGACACCAACGAGGUGGAAGAGGAGGUCCGCAUGAACGGCGAGGAUGUGCGCGGCGAGGUGGAGGGCUUCUUGAAGAGGCAGGUCGUGCAGACUGCCAUGACCGGUCUCGGUUUCUUGAUGGCUGUUGUGGGCAUCUGGGGUGACGGUGCCGUCCGGGUCUUCCAGAGCGAGACCUUCGUCAUCGCUUGA